AAAAAACAAACGUCUUAUUUUAAGGUUAUGUUGAAGCGAUGUUAAGCCCCAAAAAUGAAUAUAUUUAAAGUUUUCAAAGCAAUUCGUUUUAUCGAGAAAUCGACAACUAUUUCAAAUUGUUCCCAACUACGUUUCGCAUCGGUAAAAACAAAAAUCAAUAAUAUAGACAAAUCAACGAAACCCGAUUCGGAAUGUACCGAAGAAGAGGUGCUGGUGAAAUUGAAAACGGAUCCGGACACGUUCGGCAGUCCUUCCGUAGACGAAACACUAAUGGACGAUGAUCUAAAAGAAGAAAUGCAUUUCAUCCAACAAUCAUUACCCACGCAAAAACUGAGAAUAAAAGCCUACGCUGACAUGAUCACAGGCUUGAUACGCAAGAGGAAAAUCAAAGAAGCGAUAGACGUAUUGGAAGUCAGAAUGCUGAAGGAGGAUAAAGUAAAGCCGGAAGGUUACAUUUACAAUCUACUAUUGGGGGCUUGCGGUAGGCUCGGUUACACGAAGAAAGCCUUUAUGCUUUACAACGAUAUGAAACGAAGAGGUAUGAAUGUAAUGGGCGGCACGUACACUGCCUUAUUCAAUGCUUGUGCUAACAGUCCUUGGCCUCUUACUGACGGUUUAUCCAGAGCAAAUCAUUUAAGAAAUCUAUUAAUCGAGAAAGGAUACGAGCCCAACGAUACUAAUUACAAUGCCAUGAUCAAAGCGUUCGGUAGAUGCGGUGAUCAUCUUACAGCGUUUUCCAUCGUAGACGAAAUGUUAUCGAAGGGUAUGACUAUCAAGGAUGAUACGUUUAAUUUUCUAUUACAAGCUUGCAUUACGGAUAAAGAAGCUGGUUUCAGACACGCUCUGCUCGUUUGGAGAAAACUCCUCGAGAAAAACGUUAAUCCGACCAUAUACACAUUCAAUUUGUUGCUGAGAACCGUUAGGGAUUGUGGAAUUGGAGAUGUAGAAGUAACUAAAGAUGUUAUCGAAUCUAUUUGCAACAAACACAAUCUCUUAACUAACGGUAAUAGUGAUAAACUAAUUGAAAACCAACGAACCGAAAGCGUAGCUGUUUGUGCCGCAAACAUCAGGCCGAAUCUGCUAGCCCACGCUCCACAUAUGGGAAACGUCGUUAGUUUAACGGAGAUUAAAGAACCGGAACAUAGACUUUUACUUUUGGGAGGAUGCAAUGGGUUUUUAGAUAUCAUGAAGCAUUACGAUUGUAAACCGGACGUUAAAACGUUCUCGCAGCUGUUAAACUGCCUUCCCGGUACUAUUACAGCUGAAAAAGAGUUAUUGAACCACAUGAAAAAGGCCAACGUCAAACCCGACUUGGAUUUCUUCAACAUGCUGUUAAAAAAACGAAGUUUGAGACACGACUAUAACAGUGCAAAGGAAGUGCUAGAGUUGAUGAGCAAGCACCGAUACAAACCGAAUUUAUUCACGUACGGAAUCCUAGCCCUUGGCUGCACCACCAAAAACGAGGCAAUCGAGUUACUGGACGAAAUGAAAGCGAAAAGUUACACCUUAAAUACCGCGAUAUUGGGCGCGAUGCUGCACCAGGCGUGCUACCAUUUCAAUUAUGUAUACGUUUUGUUCGUAAUGGAGGAAUGUAUAAAGUCAAACGUUCAACCUAAUCCGAAAUUCAUGAAGACCCUCGAAGAAUUCAAAGCCACGUCGCAAGCUCUAUAUAAAGAAGACAAACUGAAUAAGAAUCUCCACAAACACUUUGGGAUAUUCAAACGCAGGUAUAAAACGUGGUUGCAGGAAGUAGAAGUGGACGAAUCGGAGAACGAGCAUCCUUGGAAACAAUUCAGGGAGCCCCAACAGCAGGAGUACAAAUACAAAUCGAGCGAUUCGGAUACGGCUCGUUUUAAAGCUCGCCAUACGUCCUUAUUCAAAGUUAAAACUGUUAAUACUAACGUAAAGCCAAGUAAAUAAUAGUAAUGAGAAUAGCAUUUGAAAUUUAAUCAAAAU